GGGAGGAGUCUACUUGGGUCUGGUUUGUGUGGUUCAUUGGUUUCCACGACUCCCACAUUUUCAUAUCCUACAUAACCCCGACCGCUCUCACUUCAUUCCAGAAACCUCCUUAAAACCCAUCUCUCCAACAUCUCUAAUGGCGUCUGUGUUUAGAUUGGUUCUCCAAGAUUGCAACUUACUGCCAUGUCAAGCUAUCUACAAGCCAAGCUCCUGUUUCCCUUCCAGGAGGCUGAAUACUCAUCUGGAUCCAAGAGCUGGGAUUACUGUACCCGGGAAUGGAAGAAUUUGGACAACUCAAAACAAGCCGAGGAGUCCCACUGUGGCUCUCACAGCCCUUUCACCUUCUUCAAUCAUUCACUCUUCAAGGAACCCCCAAGUUUUGUGUAGGGCUGCUGCAAAUGCACCUGGUGAUGUUCCUGACAGCAGCACACAUGGUGGGAUGAGCCAGUAUGAAAGGAUAAUCGAAACUCUAACUACUCUUUUCCCUGUGUGGGUCGUAUUGGGCACCAUCCUUGGUAUUUACAAGCCAGCUGCGGUUACAUGGUUGGAGACAGACCUCUUUACCCUUGGCCUUGGCUUCCUCAUGCUUUCAAUGGGACUGACUCUGACAUUUGAAGAUUUUAGACGAUGUUUAAGAAAUCCUUGGACUGUUGGUGUAGGGUUUCUUGCUCAGUACUUGAUCAAACCUCUGCUAGGCUUUGUGAUUGCAACGACUUUGAAAUUGUCAGCACCUCUUGCAACUGGUCUUAUUUUGGUCUCUUGUUGCCCUGGAGGUCAGGCAUCCAAUGUUGCAACCUAUAUAUCGAAGGGGAAUGUUGCACUAUCAGUUCUUAUGACAACAUGUUCAACUAUUGGAGCCAUUAUCAUGACACCUCUCCUUACUAAGCUUCUUGCUGGCCAGCUUGUUCCAGUUGAUGCUGUAGGCCUGGCUAUCAGCACUUUUCAGGUUGUUUUGGUGCCAACUAUUGUUGGAGUUCUUUCAAAUGAAUUCUUCCCUACAUUCACUUCAAAAAUAGUCACAUUUACACCUUUGGUUGGGGUUAUUCUCACAACCCUACUAUGUGCAAGCCCCAUUGGUCAAGUAUCAGAUGUCUUGAAAACCCAAGGAGGACAACUGAUAAUGCCAGUGGCUCUCCUACAUGUCGCUGCAUUUGCUCUUGGUUACUGGCUGUCAAGAAUGUCAUUUGGUGAAUCCACCUCUCGUACCAUAUCCAUAGAAUGCGGGAUGCAGAGCUCCGCACUUGGCUUUUUGCUUGCCCAGAAACAUUUCACGAACCCCCUGGUGGCUGUACCCUCAGCUGUUAGUGUUGUUUGCAUGGCGCUUGGUGGGAGUGCUUUGGCAGUAUUUUGGAGGAACAGGCCAAUUCCUGUUGAUGACAAAGAUGACUUCAAGGAAUGACAGGUACAGGGCCUGUCGGGUACUGAUAGAUUGCCCUCUGGCAUCGUUUUGGAGCUGUUGUUGUAACAUGUUUUUUAAAAAAUUUGAAAUUUUUUUAUUGUUUUUUUUUUUUUUUUUUUGGUUUUGGAUGAUUUUAAUGUGUUAUGCUAAAAAUAAAUUUUAAAAAAUAAAAAAAUAUUACCCCUGCUGUCUUCCUUAUUUUA